CAAGUAUUCAAUCAAUAUGAUAACUGUCAAAUCCAGUCUACCUGAAAAUGUGCUGCUUCGAUUUACUUAAAAACAACUUACAAAAUCCUUAUCAUUGCACCGUCUUUCUGUUGAUCCAAGCUACAAAAUUUUCAUGGUAAGGCCAGAACAUCUUCCUUGCAUCCUUCGAAAAAAAGACAGACGACAUUAGCGAGAAAUAAGAAUACUUCCAACACUAGCCAAAUCCGGACUGGCCGCAUCGUUCGCCUUUUGUCUGGCAGAGAGUCUUUAAUGAUAAGUCUCUUCCCCCAAUAUACUUAUCCAAAUUCAUCGGUUUACUCGCACUGAACAUUCUUUCUUCAUUUUACACGCAACCCAAAUGCUUAGGCACGCCUUUUCUCAAUACUACCCAAUUCUAUUAGGUUUUUAAUUACCCUGCUGUAUCAGCGCAGGGGCAUUGAAAUUAACAAGAGAAAUGUUAGAAAUAUAUUGAAUCUUCCUUCAGGAUUUCUUCUGCUUCGGGGAUUUUUACCUGGGCUCUUUGCCAAAAUAAUACAGCUGCCUUUGCUUGGCUCCCAAGUAUUGUAUAAACUCUGGGACUUCCCUAUCUAUGGAAUUGAGGGCCUUUCAAAGCCUUAAAGAAAAUUCAAAAUCCAAUUGGGUUUGUUUCACUUAAUUCAAAUAUCCUUUUGUCUUUAGUAUCAGUAUGUGAAAAAAGCAUCUGGAUAUGCACUUUCUGUUUUAGCUGGUUUCUUGUUGCACAAUUGUGAUAUUUCCAAACGUCUACAAUCUCCAUCCCCAAAGCCAAUAUCAGUAGACCUGCACUAUUUCAGUUUUGUCUGCUCUCACCUAGUACGGGUUUCAUACUGCUCUAAAAUUUCCACACCUAAAUUCAGUAUUAACAGAUUCAAUUUAUUUGUUGGUUGGGUUCUUUUCAUACAGAAGCGCCAUAGCCUGCAAUCUAGUAACCAAAACUAGCAUAAGCAGAACCAGUUUUUUAUUAGUGGUUUCUUUCAUACAAUUGUCAUAUUACCUAUAUUAUGAUUACAAAAAACUGUAUCAAUAGACAGACUUUCUAUAUUUCCUGGAUUACCUCAACACAAAUGUCUUAUUGAGUAUAAUUGGUACCGAAAACCAGUAUCAGUAAAUCUAAUUUAGUUCCGUCCCCUGCCUAACCUCCUUAAUCCUUUUAUAGUACCAGAAUUCAGUAUUACUAGAUCCAAUUCCUGCUAGAAUUGAGAUAUAUUUGGUCAGUGGAUCAUGAUACGCGGUUGCAUCAUAAGGAACCCAAUUAUCCCAAAACAAGGACGCCAAUAUGCUUUAGAAAGUAUACUUUCAUAUGGCUUUGCAACAUCCAAUUCUAACUAAAAGUAAUUAAUCACAGGAUAGCUUCAGGCCUUGAACUUCGGAUCUAGAAUUCAGGCAGGUGCAGGGCCGUCGGCAAUGGGAACACUUAGUUUUGAUAUGUCGGAGAUUUUCCAAAGACCAGCCAUUGUGGAAACUCUGGUGCAUGCUGUGUCAUGCUUGGUUCCCUUGUGGUUAGCAGUUAUGGUAGGAAUUGUAAUUGGAUGGUCGUGGAAACCGAGAUGGGCGAGUUUGGUAAUUCUGGGAUUGAAGAGCAGGCCAAGGCUGGCAUGGAUAACUGCUCCUCCAGGUUUGGGUGCUCAUCGCCUCUGGUUUGCUGUGACUGCCUUGUCCGCCUUUCCAAUUUUGAGAAAACUUUGGUACUGUUUCAAACCUUACAGGGACAAAGACGAACAACCUCCAGGUGAUGAAAGGGACACAGACGAACAACCUCCAGCUGAUGAAAGUGUGCAGGAGCAAGAAAUUGUGACUUUUGAGGAUCUAAGAAAUUUAUUUUGUCUGUUGGAAGAUAAAGAUGGAGGUCCAGUGUGGCAAUUAAUGAUGGACAAGUCCACACCAAACAUUACCUACCAAGCUUGGCGUCGUGACCCAGAGAUUGGUCCCACACAGUACCGCACAAGAACAAUAUUUGAGGAUGUGAUACCAGAAUUAGUGAGGGACUUUUUUUGGGAUGAUGACUUUCGCCCCAAGUGGGAUGAUAUGCUUAUUUAUUUUAAAACUCUGGAGGAAUGCCCUCGUACAGGAUCCAUGAUCAGUCACUGGAUUAGAAAGCUUCCCUUCUUCUGUGGUGAUCGAGAAUACAUUAUUGGUCGCAGAAUUUGGGAGUCUGGAAGAACCUACUUCUGUGUGACAAAGGCUGUACCAUAUCCCUCAUUACCAAGGCACAAUAAACCAAAACGUGUUGAUACUUACCAUUCCUGUUGGAAAAUUCAGGCAGUGGAGUCAAGGAAAAGAGAUGGGCGGUUAACUGCUUGUGAGGUGAUCUUUUUUCAUCAGGAAGAUACGGGGUUACCCAAAGAGCUUGUGAAGUUUGGAGUCCGUCGAGGAAUGUGGGCACAAGUUAAAAAACUAUGUCAUGGGUUGUAUGCUUAUCAAAAUGAACAAAUGUCAGGAGCUCCUCUAUCACAUUGUGCAUUCAUGGCUAGAAUAAGUAUGAAGGUGCCUGCGUCAUUUUUUAGCAACUUGGCGAAUCCCAUAAAAAUAGAGGAUGUAGCACAAGUUUCAUCGGCUCAAGUUUCAUCAACUCAAGCUUCAUCAGCUCAAGUUUCAUCAGCUCAAGAUUCAUCAAAUGCACAAAAAGGGGACAGAUGGAAAUGGGCUAUUGUAGGAGGAAUUAUAGUUCUAGUAUGUUGUCUUGACAAGGGAGCUUUGAGUAAGGCAUUAAUAUUUGGGGCAACAAGAAGGCUAAAGAAUCUUAGGAAAAAGAAUGAUCCGUGAUAGAAGAAUUGUGAUCAAUAUAUUCUUUUUAGCACAACACUUGCGGAGCUAGAAGUGUAAGUUGUGUUUAAGAUGAUCAACAUGUAUAGCUCAGUGGUCUAUUGAUCAAGUUAAUUGUCAGUCUAAAUGGACUUGAAAUUUUUUACGAAAAUGAAUAUUUUGGCAUUUUUAAAAUGCUGAUAUGUCGAGUCACUGCACAUUGAUGUCACUAACAGAGCUGAUGUUCAAUAUCAGGAGUCAUCAUUUAUGCAAAAAAUGAGGCACUUUUUAGCUCAUCCAAAUAUCCUUACAAGAUAUGGGUGAAAAAAACUGAUGGUGAUUUACAGAUCUGAGUUUUCCAAACCGUUCAUGUUAACAACUCAGUUUUCUGGAUACUAGGUGCAAGAGUUUCUAUUUGUCACUGCAAAGUGAGUUUUCAGGGUUCAAUGCGCUUCUCCAACUACUACAGUUAAGAGAAACCAUAAAAUUAUUCGCUUUCAUGUCAGUUCCAGAUCAAGCCACAAAACAUCUUAACAUCAUAAGUCAGGAUCGCAUGAAUUAGUUAGAAAAGACUUACAAUAUGGGUUUUAUCUUGUAUGAAUUGGGUGCAGAGGUACCACUGUAUGCCUUUUUUUUUUUCGUCAUAAAGAGAUAUUGGACAUUA